AUGUCUGCAGCGCAUUGCAAUAUUCGAAACGAUGUCCGAAUGGUCUUUGGCAGUUUACGAGACGAUCGUCCAUUUUAUUACGUGAUGUCGGAUCAAUUCCUCAGCCACCCCAACUGGGGAGCCGACUACUUGGACUACGACUUUGGAAUCCUCCGCGCAAAGACUCAAAUCGACCUGGUCUCUUUUCCGAGCGCUGUAGCCCCAAUUAAAUUGAUGGACCCAAUGGAGCACGAGUUUCCGAUGGGCACCACUAUGUUCGAAACUGGAUUCGGAAGGACCAACCCCGGCGGCUACGACGGAAAGCCGCUCCAGUACGGAUACUACAAAGCCAUCACCAUCCGGGAGUGUAAGAAGUGGUGGGGACCCUACGCCGGUGGCUCAAGACAGCAGUGCGCUAUUGGAGUCCCGGGAGAACAGGAUGCUUGA